AUGAGAACACGGCGUUGCCAGGGUUUGCACACAGGGGCGAAGCGCUGUCAUCGGAUCCUGGCUGAACCACUUUCGACAUCGCUCCUGAUUUCUCCUUUGGCCUUCACCCUAAGAACAGAUAAGCACAAUUUUGGGUGGUGGAAAUAUGUCAGAGAGUUCAAGUGACACCGAGUCCUCCUGCGGGUGGACAAUCAUAAGUAAUGAGGGCUCGGACAUCGAGACCCUGGGGCCGGACCAUGGAGCGGACAGCAAGCCCCAGCUGUCUGAGGGUCCGGAGGGGAAGGAGCCGCAGGAGGAACCACAGCAGGAGGAGGAACAGGAGGAGGUGCAACAGGAGCCAUCUGUGCUCCAGGCUGAGCAGCACAGUGAACCAUGGGCUGAGUCAUCUCUGGACAGUACGCUAAAAGUGGAAGAGCACGAGCAGACAGAAGGUGUUUCUGAGGACGUGCCUGGGCGCCUGAUGUUGUGCUCCUCGAGCGAGCACUCGGACAUCAUGACUCUGGAGCCGUCGAUGGCGGCCGAGCCCAGGGCAUCCUGGGAGGAGCAGCAGGAGGUGCGGGAGGAGGAGCUGGACUUGGGCAGCUCCUCCAGCAGCCAGUACACGUUCAGCGCCACGGAGAUGACUCCCUCUCUGCCCGUGGAGCCCUCAGGAAGAGACUCCAGCAGCAGCAGUGGGGAGGAGGAAGCGCGAGAGCCCGGCCCCGCUCUGCGGAGGCGCAGGGGGAGGAGGAGCACAGCCUCCACAUGCGAGACAGAGGAGGCGCAGGGCCAGCAGGGGCCCGCCGUGCAGGAGGAGCAGCCUGAGCAGAAGGUGCAGCGCACUCUCAACAAGUGCAUCUUCCUGGCUCUGGUCAUUGCCGUCAGUAUGGGCUUCGGUCACUUCUAUGGUACAGUCCAGACCCAGGAGAGGCAGAAGCUUGUGGAUAAGAUGCGCGGGUUCGAGCAGUGUGGCGUGGAUGUAUGCCUGGAACAGUGGGAGGGAGACGUCAUUGAGCAGAGCAAGGAAGUGGUUCAGCAGCUGAGAGAAGACCUAGAGGAAAAGCAGGCCACCGUGCUCUCCCUCACUCAGAUUAUGGAUAAGAUAACUAAAGAGAACCAUCAUCUCAGGUUGAAACAGUCUCAGCAACAGGCCCAGAAAAUCGAGCUCUCCGAGAGACUGAGGCAGAGCGCACAGGAGAAGACCGAGAUGGAGUUCCAUCACAGACACCUGGCCACGGAGAACCAGCAGCUGAUGAGCUCCCUGGAGCGUGAGGAGCAGUCGCUGUCCGCCCUGCGGGAGGAGCUCCUGGGCCUCCGCGCCCAGAUCCAGGACCUGGAGGGGAGGGGCGCGGGGGCCGACUCUGUCCUGUCAGAGAACCAGAAGCUGAAGCAGCACCUGGAGGAGGAGAAGCAGCGCAUCCAACUGUUCCUCAGCCAGAAGGAGGCGCUGGGGGCCGAGGCCCAGGCGCUGAGGCUGGAGCUGGACCGGGAGCGGAAGGCCACGGGCCAGCUGAAGGACGAGCUGGAGCAGCUGAGCAUGCGGGGCGCGGCGGAGGCCGGCCCCGAGAUGGAGGAGCUGAGGGGCAGGCUGGCCGAGCUGGAGAAGAAGCUACGCUUCGAGCAGCAGCGCUCCGACCUGUGGGAGAGGCUGUACGUGGAGACCAAGGAGGUCCGGGCCAAGGGCGACCAGCAGCCCAGGGCCAAGAAGCCCAAGGAGGGCAUCAUCGGAAAGGUGAAGGAGACCUUUGACGCCGUCAAGAACUCCACCAAGGAGUUUGUGCACCACCACAAGGAGCAGAUCAAGAAGGCCAAGGAGGCUGUGAAGGAGAACCUCAGGAAGUUCUCAGACUCUGUCAAGUCCACCUUUCACCACUUUAAGGACUCUGCCUCUCGCGUGUUUGAAAAGGCCCGCCGGCCACAAGACAGGAAGUUCCAUGAGAGGAGAGAGGCUAAGACAGGACGCUACGAGCACCAGCAGGACCAUUCAAGGCAGCAAAAGCAGGAGAAGGAUCACAGGUCUUCUUGGAAGCCUCGGUCCCACCAACCCCUACAUCAGCACCCGCGCAAAUCUACGGCCGAUACCUUUCAGGCGGACCAUAACACCAGAAAGCCAGGGCCUACUGGCUGGAAGGGCUCUGAAUCGGCACGUCACAGGAGGAGGCCUAAGGGCUGUUCUGGAAUAUUUGACUGCGCCAAUCAAGAGUCCAUGAGCCUGUUUAACAAGGCCCUCGAGCCCAUCCGAGCAGACGAGUUCAACCAGCUCAUCCACAGCUACCUUCAGCAGGAGGUGGACCACUUCCACCACUGGAGGGAACUGGACAGUUUCAUCAACAGUUUCUUCCGCAACGGCGUGUUCAUCCACGACCAGAUGCUUUUCACAGACUUUGUCAGUGGCGUGGAGGACUACCUGGAAGACAUGGAUGAGUACCAGACCUACAACGAUGAUGUGUUUGAAGAUCUUGAUGACUAUGUCUUCAAGCACUUCUUUGGAGAUAGCUAUUCAAAACAGUAUGGGCCUAGUAGACCCACUGCAAAGCCAGCCACAAAAAGGAAACCAGACCGACAGUCCCGGCCCCACUGUCAGCAACACAGGGCUCAUCUUCGCCCACAAAAACAGAGGAAGUGGAGCAAGCCAGGACGUCCCACUGGCAGACAUAUGGCAGAUGUCAAAAUUGAGCUUGGCCCCAUGCCUUUUGAUCCAAAAUAUUAAGUGUCCUCGCAGAUUCGUUUCGAUGAUCGCUUCAUCCGAAGUGGAAUUUUUUUUGCUGUAGUUAAAAAAAAAAAAGAAAAAGAAAAAAAAAAGCUCAUGGCUGGCUAAAUGGUUUCUUGCUUUCUUAUGUUAUGCUUAUGAGUCUUUGCACUGCUAGAUCAGUACCUCAUCAUGAGCGGUCAUGUGGUCACAGACACACUGCUUUUCUGUACAUUUCUGCAAUAAGUAUGUUCAGUUUCAGUUGUGGGGAGUGUUUCUGGAUUACAUUGUACCAAAAGCUUUAUUGCAGAUAUUGCUAAGGUUAGAUGUCAUUUCCCGAGGGUUUUGUCAGCAGUAUAAUCCACUCUCAUCUCUUGUCAAAUUGGAAGGUUAUACAAAAGAUGUAUAGUGCAGUCAGUAAGUAUUUGGACUUCUGUUCUUUUGGCUCUGUAAUCCAGCACCUUGGAUUUGAAAUGAAAUGAUGAAUGUGAGGUUAAAGAUGGAUGUAAAUACCCCUAAAUUAAAGAUGACAGUGUGCACUUUUCAUUGUUUCAUUUCAAAUCCGAUGUGCUGGAAUACAGAGCUAAAAGAACAGAAAUAAUUCCAAAUGUCCAAAUAAUUACAGCACGGUAAUACAACUGAGAAUCUCAUUUACACCCAAUGAAUACAUCUGGAUAUUAACAAUUCCCACUGAAAUGGUGAUGAUAAUUGGGAUAACAAUACAGUGCAAUAAUUCUACAGAACAGAUUUAGACCAAUAUCUGAAUAUCAAUUAUAUUUCAUGGCAGGUUACCACAGAUUUCUGGCAAAGGACCAAAUUAUGUGUCAGAUUUACUUGUGUUGUGGAAUGUUUGAUGUGCAAGUUGAUUUUCUCUUAGAUUAAAAUGGUGAUUUAUGAACCUAUAUUUUCCCUACAAUAAAUAAGUAAAUCAUUUAGAAUGAAUGCACAUACAGUUCUUGGACCACAAUAGUCCUUCCAAAUGCUUUGUGUGAAUCUGUCUGUUUCGCUGCUAUUUUAGUUUUUAAACAGAUGUGCAAUUGCAAUAUAUAAAAGAUAAUUUGCCUAAAAUUGCCUAAGAAGUGCAAUGUUUGUUUAUGCUGUCACCUAUUUGUCCAAUAACAUUCCAAUCAAUUGUAGUUUCUCUUUCCUGCGCUGAUUAAACAUUUGUUUCCUUACAGUUGUGGUGAUGUUCACAGUAGCUAUCUAGUAAUAAACAGGAUAAAACAAA